GGGCGGCGGGGUCGAGCGCGCCUGCGCACUGCGCGGCCUUUUCCCACAUUCACGUGGCCGCGGGGCCGGACUGCGGGUCUCUCCGUUCGGCGGCGUGAGUGCAGAGCUCGGGAGUGCGGCAGUCGGCGUCAUGGCAGGACAAGCAUUUAGAAAAUUUCUUCCGCUCUUUGACCGGGUAUUAGUUGAGAGGAGUGCAGCUGAAACUGUAACCAAAGGAGGCAUUAUGCUUCCUGAGAAAUCUCAAGGAAAGGUGUUGCAAGCCACGGUGGUUGCUGUUGGGUCGGGCUCAAAAGGGAAGGAUUUCUAUAAUUGGCCUGAUGAAUCCUUUGAUGAAAUGGACAGUACACUAGCUGUUCAGCAGUAUAUUCAACAGAACAUAAGAGCAGAUUGUUCCAAUAUUGACAAAAUUCUUGAACCACCUGAAGGCCAAGAUGAAGGUGUAUGGAAAUAUGAACAUUUAAGGCAGUUCUGCCUGGAGCUAAAUGGUCUUGCUGUCAAACUUCAGAGUGAAUGCCAUCCAGAUACUUGCACUCAGAUGACAGCAACUGAACAAUGGAUUUUUCUUUGUGCAGCUCAUAAAACUCCAAAAGAGUGUCCUGCUAUAGACUAUACUAGACACACACUUGAUGGUGCUGCAUGUCUUCUGAAUAGCAAUAAAUAUUUUCCCAGCAGGGUUAGCAUAAAGGAAUCAUCUGUAGCAAAACUAGGAUCAGUAUGCCGUAGGAUUUACAGAAUAUUUUCACAUGCUUAUUUUCAUCACCGGCAGAUAUUUGAUGAGUAUGAAAAUGAAACAUUUUUGUGUCAUCGGUUUACUAAAUUCGUGAUGAAAUAUAAUUUGAUGUCCAAGGAUAACCUGAUUGUACCAAUUUUAGAAGAGGAAGUUCAGAAUUCAGUUUCGGGGGAAAGUGAAGCAUGAAGGGAAUCAUACAGAAAAAUGUACUGAUCACAUAAUUAACAUUAAUUAUGUACUGUAUAUAUAUCAUUUUAGACACAUCAAUCAUGUAUUCAUAUUAUAGCUUUUUGUUUAGUAUAGGUUUUUGUAUGCUGUGUGUUGCCUUUUAAAUGGGAAAUACUUUUUAAGUUAUUCAUGAGCUGUAUAUUCACUAGUGUGGCACUCAUGGUUUUUAAAUAUAAGAUUAGUAUUAUCUGUUUAUAAUGCCUGUUAAUAAAAGAAUUUACAGUUUGGUAAAAUUGCUGCUAAACAAUCAUUGGAUCACAAUCCUCAUCAAAUAAACCCCUCUAUAAAAAGAUGAGCUUCAAGUUUUGCACAGACCACUUAAUAAAUAGUAAUAUUUCUUCCUAGGGUUUAGAAAUUCAAGAAAAUUCUGUAGUACCUAGUUCAGACUUUUAAAAAAUGAGAUCGAUGUUUUAAAGUUUUAAUAACUUUCGACCCACAUACAUAACCAUAUAUAUCAAAUAUAAAUGUAAAAUUUUAAUAAUUCUUAAAUAAUCUUACUGUAUGCUACGUAAAGUAUAUCCUAGGCAGCACUCUUGGGAGGAAUUUAUCUUUCUGCAACAAUGAACUCUUACAUACAUAAGGCAUAUAAGUGAUAUUCCCACUGGAAUAUACCCAGUUUUUCCCUUACUCCCUCCCCAAACUACAUUAGCCAGAAGCUUCUUUUCAGACUGAUUUAAUAGUGACUUAUCCCUAUUAAUAUUUUUAUUAAUUGCUUUCAGAUUUUACCUCAUAUGAGCGAUUAUAUUACACUACAGGAAAAAUGUAUUGAUAUAGCUUCAUCUUUCAAAAUUGUUCUAAGUACUUGGAAGCAAUCUUUAUAAUAGUUUAGCUCUUCCUAUUAGUCAAAUUAAUCUCUUCAUCUAACCAUCUAGGCAGGUAUUUAAACAGAGUUUAGAAAUAUAUUUAUUUUCUGCCCUCUCCCCACAAAAUUUAUGUUUGAAUUGUAUGCACAUGUGUUUUUUUUUAAAUAGUUCACAGGUGUUGAUGAAUGGACUUUGUUAUGAUUGUCUUAAGAAAACUUCAGCUACAGAUUUUAAAAUCUUACAAUCUACUGAAAACUGUUUUUAACAAAGCACUAGAGCUCCUAUUAAUUGCCAAACUGGUUGUAAUUAGGCUAAAAAAGGUGAAAAAUGUACGUGUAGUGAAAAAAAAUUUAAAUCCAACAUGAAAGACUGAAGAAACAUAAGGAACUUGUUUUUCAUUUAAAAAGGUUAUUUUUAAAUGAAGAUGAAAAUAUAUAAAUUUUAGUUGAUUAUUUUUUCAAAUGUGAGGAAAUAGCAUAUCAUUAUGAAACAUUGUACAGCAAAACUGUGGGAAAUGGUAGCAUAAUGAGAGUGUAUAUAUAUUUACCUUUCUAAGCCUGCCAACAUAUUUGAACAGUGCUUUCUCAGCAGUUAAUCAUUACCCAUCCCACAAUUAUAUUUUCAGAAGUUUUAUGUUCACAGUUAAAGGAAUGUUGACUUUAAAAUUAUGCAUUUAUAUUAAUGUCAGUAUAAAUACCAAUGGGAAUAGUACGUUUUACAUAAGCUUGCUAAAUUGAGAGACUAAACUACUGAGUUUAGAAGUGAUAUGUAGAUGAUAGAGCUGUUCUCUCUAGAUGGUGUCUUCAUAGAUUUCUGUUACUAAUGAGUAUUGAACCAAGACAGUAGCUGGGAUUGAUAGUCUGGCUAAUAUUUUGAAACACAUUUUGCAUAAUGUAGCUUGGUGUUAACAGGGAAAUAGUACCAUUUUACCAUUUAAUUUUUUCUUACUCAUUUCCUCUCCCUGUACUGUAUUUGGAAUCGAUCAUAAAAAAAAAUCCCCCAAAGAAAACAUCAGUUUGUAUUCUUGCUUUUGUAUUCAUAUUGACAUCUCAUUUGUAUUCAUUGCAGCAUGAAUUUGACUUACUCACUAAAUGGGAUAAAACCUGAAUAAAACUUUUUCCUUAAUACAAUUUAUAGAAUUUUGAAAAUGCACACAUACCUAAACAAUAUUUACAAAUUGAGCCUGGUAAACCAUUGAUUUAUAAAUUGCGAUUCUAAGACUAGAGGAGGUAGACAUUAUAAUUCUUGUGAUGAGGAAGUUAAGCUCAGCUUUUUUUUUUUUUUUUUUUUUUUUUUUGGCUUUUUGGGUCACGCCUGGCAAUGCACAGGGGUUAUUCCUGGCUCUGCACUCAGGAAUUACUCCUGGCGGUGCUCAGGGGACCAUAUGGGAUGCUGGGAAUCAAACCCAGGUCAGCCGCAUGCAAGGCAAAUGCCCUACCCGCUGUGCUAUCACUCCAGUCCCAAGCUCUGCUUUUUGUUUGAAUUAUUUUAUUUAUUAUUUUUAUGCUACUAGAAUUCUAACUUUGGGCCUUACAUAUACAAGCCACAUGGUCACAUCCCUGGCCCAGUUUGGAUUAUUUUAUCCCCCUUUAAAGUAUUCUAGUCAUUUUAUUAUUAGUGGAGGGGGGUGUUGGGCCACACCUGGCGAUAGGGGUUAUUCCAGCUUUGUGCUAGUGAUUGCUUCCUGUGGUUCUCAUGAUUAUGUGAAGGGAUCAAAUUUGGGCCUCCCAAGUGCAAAGUGUCUUCUUAGCCCUUUGAGCUAUCUCUGUGACCCAGAAGUUAAUUUUUUUUUUCUUUCCAUAAAGUUACUUUAAUUAUAUAGUUAAUUCUUUUUCUCUCAUAUCUGGAAAGGAAAAUAACAGUAAUUUAUGUUCCUGUUUCAUAGCAUAAUUCUUUGUGUACAUUUCUUUCUUGAGUGGUUAAAUUGACCUUUCCAAAGGUUAUCCAGUUAAUUUCAAUCAAUUAAUACUUUUUUAAUAGCAGGAAAAUUUUUAAAAUCCAUGACUGACAUAAAUUCAUGGUAGUAGAACAGAUUAUUUUUCCCUUAAUAUGCUUGCCUACUCUCUAUAUGAUGACUUUUUUCCUUUGUGGUUGCCUGUGGUUUUAUUUGCAUAGUUCAUCUUACUGUAUUUUACAUGCCUGAUUUUUUUUUAUUGUCUCAUAAAUUUGCUAAGAUUUACUUGUUUGUUUAUAUUGGGGGCUACACCUGCCAAUGCAGGGCUUAAUACCUGGCUCAGUGUUCGGGGUUGCCCUCUUGUGGUACUCAGGACCAUGAAGUUCGGGGAAUUGAACCCUGGCGUCUUGCAUGUAAAACAUGUGCUCUAGGGGCUGGAGUGAUAGCACAGCGGGUAGGGCGUUUGCCUUGCACGCGGCCGACCCGGGUUCGAAUCCCAGCAUCCCAUAUGGUCCCCUGAGCACCGCCAGGGGUGAUUCCUGAGUGCAUGAGCCAGGAGUGACCCCUGUGCAUCGCCGGGUGUGACCCAAAAAGCAAAAAAAAAAAAAAAAAAAAAAAAAAAAAAAACAUGUGCUCUAACGCUUUGAUCUUUCUUCUAUCUAUUUCUUUUUCUUUGUUUUUGCGUGUGCUAGGUAUUGAAUCCUGGGUCUCACUCCUGCAUGGCAAGUGCUCCCUUACCACUGUCUGCAUCCUUGAGCUCUGCUAAGAUUUCUUAAUGUUUUUCUUUCAUAUUAUGCAAAUUAUUAGGAAAGUAGUUGAUUUUCAUUUCUUGAAUGCAGCUAGUUGUUAAUUGUGCAGAUGCUACAGGUAUGUUGGCACAUGUUUUUUUUUUGGGGGGGGCGGAUUACGCCACACCCAGUAGUACUCAGGCUUUACUCCUGGAGGACUUUGGUACUAUGUGGAUGCUGGGAAUCGAACAUGUGUUGGCUACCUGCAAAGCUAAUUCCCUACAUUCUGUAUUAUUACUCUGGCCCUGGCACAACGUGUUAAGGUACUUAUUUGAGAUGGUCAAAGCAUCCAAAUUUGUUUCCUGAAAAAUUAUGCAUUAUCAGUGUAGGAUACACUAUAAAACCAGAAAACUACCAAACACAUUAGAGGCUUAGAUUUUUCAUCUAAGAGGUACAGUGAGCCUUACCUUGAACACUUGGUGGUGUGUUGAGAUUUUAUGCAUGUUGGGAAAUUAUAGUGCUUCAUUUCUUUGAUUUUUCUGCAUCUAUAUAGGUUCAUAUUAAAUAGGAGAACCUAAUGUAACUUAGAGAGUACAGUACUGAAUACUAAAGAUAAAUGCAGUGGCUGCAGUGAUAGUACAAUGGGUAGGGCAUUUUCCUUGCAUGUGUCUGACCUGAAUUUGGUCCUCAACACCACAUAGGGUCCUCUGAGUCCCGCCAUGAAUGAUCCCGGAGCAGUGCUGGGUGGCUCAACAAAACAAAAAACCCGAAAAAUAAAAAAGAUGUUUUGAACUUAUGAGAGUAGUAUGUCAAGUGAUGAUUUGAGGAUAAUCAUAUUAUUCAGAAUUAGUUAAUUUUUAAAAUGAGAAUUUUAUUCUGACCUGGAUUUCUGCUCUUGGUGACAGUAGUUUAUAAUUGCAUAAACUACAUACCAUUUUAUUUUCAGUAGACCUCAUGAGUCACUUGUGUUUUGUAUAACAAAUACUGGGGCUGGGAGAGUGCUUGCUUUGCAUGCAGGAGGCCAGGGUUUGAUUCAGUGCACUGUAUGGUUCCCUGAGCACUGCCAGAAAUGACUACCAAGCACAGCCAAGUGUGCCCACUUCCAAAAUAUAUAAAAAUAGUUUGUUAGAUUAUAUAGAAACUUGUCAUUGUCAAAGGAGCAUGUGCAUAAAAUCUGUAAAUCUUUUCUUUAUCUUUAUUUGCCUAUUUUGAAUGCCUUUGGUUUUCCUCAGUAUCAGUGUCUGGAAAAAAUAUCUUAAUGUUUAGGUCUUUUUCUAAAAGUGUAAGAGGUUCAGUCAAAUAGGAAUGAUGGGAUUUUGUCAUCAUAUUGUCACUGUCCUUCAAGUGAAAGAACAAGAAAACACCAGAGAUAAAGCAGUGUGUGGUUGUUUAUUAUAUUAGGAAGUGACAUACCCCAAAUUCUGAUUAUCUACUUUUCUUAGGAGUGGGGGACACACCCAGUGAUGCUCAGGACUCCAGGCUCUGCACUCAGGAAUCAGUCCUGGCAGGCUCAGGGAAUCGUAUAGGGUGUCGUGGAUUGAACCUGGUCAGCUGCCUGUAAACCAAACACCUUAGGCAGUAUACUAUUGCUCCCACCCCCACUUGGUUUUUAAGGGUAAUCUCUGUUACCUCCUCCAUGACAAGUCUUUAUUUAUUUAUUUAUUUUAAUGGCUGGGGAUGAACCUAGAACCUUACAUGGGAGGCAUAUGUGCUACCCACUGAGCCACUGUAUGUCUGGCCUGCUAAUUAUGUUUUUGUUUUGUUUGGCUUGCAGUGCCCAGGGCUUACUCCUGGCCCUCUGCUCAGGGAUCACACUCGACUAUUUUGGGAACCAAAUGGGGCACAGGGUUAUGGAACCUGGGCUUGCUGCAUGGAAGUCAGGCACCCUUUCCACUGUACUUUCUCUCCAGCCUCUCAAUUAGAUAUUUAAGCCAAUUGUGUAUUUUCAAGAGAAAUGAUGAUUUGGGGAGUAUUUAAACCAAUGUUGAGUGUGUGCUCUGUCUACAGGAGCCCUGGGUUUGAUCUCAGGCACUGCAUGGUCCCCUGAGCACAGCCUGGAAUGGUCCUUGAGUACUGAGUCAGAAGUAACUCGCUCAGCACUAGUGGUGGGUGUGCCUCCAAAAAAGGAAGCCCAAAACUUCAUAAAUGCAGAUCUUUUUAUUCUGUUAUCAUAAAUAUAUAAUAGUUUUUCAUUCUGCUAAUGUAAAUUGCUACAGACUAAAUGACUUAGGUUUAUUUUGUUAGGGUUUCUUAGAAGCAGGGAAUCAGUUUUAUUGGGCUAAAAUUGGGUUCCUGAUUCUUUCUAGUGGUUCCACAGGACAGUCUGUAUUGUGUGUCUUUUCACUGUGAGUUGCUGCUGGCGUUCUUUAGCUUGUGGCCACAUCAUUCCAAUUCUACUUUAUUUCAUUGCCUUCUCUUCUGUAGUGAACUCUCUUUCUGCAUUCCCUCUCACAAGGGCAUAUUUCAUUACGAUGUUGUCCCUGCAUGGAUAAUCCAAGAUAAUUUUCCAACUCGAUAUCCGAAUCAUAUUUGGAAAGCCCCUUUUCUGUUAUAUAAAGUAAUAGUCACAGUUUCUGGGAAUUAGGAAGUGAACAUUUGAGAUUACUAUUCAACUUAUCCUAGGAAUCCUCUUACAUUAUUGAUCUCAAAAUGUUUUCCAUGCUAUCAACAGUAUUUACUUUGACAGUAAUGCUUUACGUUUUCUGCAUGUGAUAAACUGUAUACUUCCCAUUCACACAUGCUUUCUAUAAAUCUGAAAAAGUUGUACUUGAGAUCAUUUUCUGCAGAUUGCUAUUUACUGUGUCCUUGUAAUGAUCCAUUGAUAGCUAAAUUCUUGGUAUGAGUUUUGGUGCAUAAAAGUAAUCAUUCUGUGGUUCCGAGACCUUGCUUUCCACUUUGUGAGACAGUCAAGAUUGAUAAAAAAAAAGGGGGGUGGUGGUGGAAGAAUGCUUUUCAAAUCUCUGUACAUUAAAAAGAACAUUUAAAACUGUA